CGUCGCCGGCCGGUCCCACUGUUGAUGUUUAUACAAGAGAGAGGGGCUGGGAGCAUGAUCAUCGUAUAACUUUGUAAUAAUCCCCUCAUUGAUUCGCUUAAUCCCUCGCCUUUACCAUACCUCCAGUUCCUCAUUUUCUUCGCGAGGUCGUAGAACGCGAGGUACCACAGCAGUUGCGUGCGGCGGCUGCACUGAGAGUCUGGGACAAGCCCGCGCGCCGACGCGAACGCGAUCAAAGGGAAGCUCGCAAGCAGCGGCGGCGGCGCCGCCGAGGCUGAGAGGAAGCAGAGAUACAUCAGCCGGCAUCUCGGUGGCGGGAUCCGGCGAGCCAUCACUAGGAGUCUAGGACAGCCGGCUGCCUCGCUGCAAGAGACUUUCUAGCCUUGAACUUGAGCACCUGAUCUCGAUCAAUCAGCCUUGGGAUCACUGCGCCACCAAGCUCCAAUCGCCCAGGUAACGACACCCCAUAAACAAUUCGUAGAGAAAUGGACUGGUUCCUACUAAGGGAGGCAUAUAUGUAGCUCCAACAUCGGGACUAUAUUAUUAGUGGAUGGCGCGGGCCCAGCACAAGCAACAGAAAUCCAAGAAUUAAUACUGACAAGGGGAAGAGAUGGUCUUAACUAUGGCGAGCGCUUCCAGUGGGGUGAUGAACUCCCUCCUUGCUAAGCUCACUGCACUGAUGGCGGAAGAGUAUGGCAAGCUCAAAGGUGUCCAGAAAGAGGUGAAGUUCCUUCAGGACGAGUUUAGAAGCAUGACUGCACUUCUUGACAAGUUGGCAGAUAUGGAUGACCUCGAUGAUAGUCAGGUCAAAGAGUGGAGGAACCAAGUGAGGGAAAUGUCGUAUGACAUCGAAGACUGUAUCGAUGACUUCAUGCACCACCUCAACAACAAUGAUGCUAGUAUUGGGUUUGUCAAUCGGACAGCUAGACUUCUAAAGAAGCUAAGGGUGCGCCAUCAGAUUGCCAACAAGAUCCAGGAAGUGAAGAGCCUUGUGAAGGUUGUGAGCGAGCGGCGCAUGAGGUACAAGAUUGAUGAGUAUAAUCCCAAGUGUAAUUAUGUGCAUAUUGACCCACGGGUAGUCGCAAUCUAUGCGGAAGCAGCUGGUCUUGUGGGUAUUGAUGUUCCACGAUAUGAGCUUACAAAAUUGCUGAUGAGUGAGGAGGCAAAGUUAAGGGUCGCUUCUAUUGUGGGAUUUGGAGGUCUUGGCAAAACCACACUUGCCAUUGAAGUGUAUCGCAAGCUUGAAAGCCAAUUUGAUUGCCGAGCAUUUGUUUCAGUGUCUCAGAGACCUGACAUAACAAGGGUGCUCAAUAUCAUACUAUCUGAGCUUAAGCGGCAAUACCUUCCACAAAUGUACGAGGAGCAGCUGCAUCAUACUUGUGAGGUGAAGGAUCUUCUCAGGGAUAUAAGAAAUCUUAUACAUGAUAAAAGGUACUUUAUCAUAAUUGAUGACUUAUGGCAUUCUUCGGCCUGGGAUGUUAUCAAAUGUGCUUUUCCAGAGAACAAUUGUGGCAGCAGGGUAUUAACAACUACACGGAUUCACUCUGUUGCUAUUGCUUGUUGCUCUAGUAGCCAAAAGUAUGUUUAUAGGAUGAAAUCUCUUAGUGCUAAAGAUUCAAAGAAACUAUUUUUCAAUAGAAUAUUUGGCUCCCAAGAGGUAAUAAGCCCCGACACAUUUGAAGAUAUUUCAGCUGAUAUUCUAAAAAAGUGUGGUGGUUUGCCACUUGCCAUCAUCAGUAUAGCAAGUCUGUUGGCUGGUCAACCAAAAACAAAAUGGGAGUAUGUAAGGAAUUCUUUGGCAUGCAUGUUCGAAGGAAAUCCUACCUUAGAGGGAAUGAAACAGAUAUUAGACCUUAGCUACAGGGAUCUCCCUCAUCAUCUGAAGACAUGCCUGCUAUAUCUUGGUAUGUACCCAGAAGACUAUAUCAUAGAGAAGCAAGAUUUGGUGAGGCAGUGGACUGCUGAAGGUUUUGUGAGUAAACUCCAUGGAUUAGAUAUGGAGGAUGUUGCAGGAAGCUACUUCAACGAGCUUAUCAACAGGAGCAUGAUUCAACCAGUGGACACAGAUUGCAACGAUGAGGUGUUGUCGUGCAGAAUACAUGAUAUAAUGCUUGACCUGAUUAGAUCCAGGUCUGCAGAAGAGAAUUUUACUGCUGUUAUUGGUGAUUUGCAAGCCAUAACGGAACUGCACAGGAAGAUCCGUCGAGUGUCCCUCCAAAACGAUGGUGAAGAUCAUAGCCAUAGUAUGGCAUCUACAAUCAUCAAGAAAACACUAUCUAAGGUCAGAUCGCUCGUGUCUUUUGGAAUCUAUCUCGAGCCAUCUUUUUUCGAGUUGAAAUACAUCCGAGUUCUAGUCUUGUAUUUUCCGGGAUAUUGGGGUGAUUCAAGAGUGGACCUCGCUGGUAUAAGUGGACUAUUACUAUUGAGGUACUUGAAGAUUGUAAACAUCUUGUUUGAGCUACCUGGUCAACUUGGGGAACUGCGGCAUUUGGAGACACUAGAGCUGGAUCCCUGUUGGGGACCUGUUAACAUUCCAUCUGAUAUUGUUCGACUGCCCCGGUUGUUGCAUCUGAUUGUUCCACGACGAACACAGUUGCCCGAUGGGAUUGGUGAAUUGAAAUCCUUGCGUACCUUACAAUGGUUUGAUUUUGCAAACAACUCCGUGGAAAAUAUUAUGUGCCUUGGUGAGCUCACUAACUUGAGAGAUCUUCGACUCCAUUGGGGCACCCUUCCCUUGGCGGAUGCAGCUAGUCGUAUUGAUGCCUUGCAUUCUUCCCUUCAAAGACUUUCACACUCCAGCAACCUGAAGAAUCUUGUUGCCGAGAAUUAUAGGCUUUCAAUGCUGAACUUCAAUGGUUUGAGCACCUUGUCCCCUUCCCCACGCCAUAUCCAGAGUCUCUGUUUCAUAGGUUGCUGGUUUUCCAGGAUUCCUAGAUGGAUUUCUCAGCUUCGAGACCUCUACAGUCUGGAGAUUAUGGUUAGAAACGUGCUGUCCAAGGAUGGAGAUGUUGGUAUUCUUGAAGGGCUGCCCUCCCUUGUCCAUCUCGACUUGAAGAUUAUAGAAUGCCAAGACGAAAGGAUUGUCAUCUCUGGCACUAGCAUGUCAUUUCGAGCUCUCAAGCACUUACUGAUCACAAGUCCUAAACUGCUGUUGACCUUUGGGGAGGGGGCUCUGCCGAGGAUCCAGAAGCUCGAUGUUAGGUUCAAUGCCAAGUGGUGUGACCGAAGCACUGGCACUUGUUGCCUACCUAUUGGAAGUGAGCACUUGCAGCAAGCCUUAGAGAAAUCCAUGUCGAGCAGAUGGGCACAGGUGCCAGUAAAUGCAACUUAGCAACCGCAGAGUCUGCACUUAGGAAUGUAUUUGGUACACAUCAUCCUGAUGCUGCUUUGAGCUUCACUGGCUACAAAUAGUUGAUAAACAACAAUAUCAACAUAACAAUAAGAAGGCCGGCAUACCACACAACAACAAAAAAACAAAUAUAGAGAAACAAGAUGAGAGACUAGCAAUUUGGAAGGUAUCAUAUUCAUGAACAACGGUGAUUGAAGUUAAUUUCGAUUCAGUGACAACUAUAUGUGCAUAAACCCUUUGUUACUUUUUAAUAAACUUUGUUACUUCUUACAAGUUACAAAUAUGUUGUUUGCUGUACAACACAAUAAAUUUUAAAUGGGAUUUGGACAAUGAGAAA